AUGAGCUGUGAACGGGAAGAGUGUGAUGAACCGGAACCAGGUAGCUCAAGGCCGGCGAAUCCUCCCACCGCGAAAGCGGAUACGGAAAUGGAGCUCGAAACGGAACAGGAUGGGUUAGCGAUCGGAGGCGGUGAUCGAAGCACUGACGAUCCCAUUGAAUCCGAUGGCGACGAUGAAGAAGAAGACGAUGACGAGGAUGAUGAGGAGGAAGAUGAGGAAGAGGAGGAGGAACCGCCUGAGCUGCGGAGUGCCGCACAACAAGAUUUCCCUCCAACACCGUACGAAGAGUGUUUGGAUUUGAAAAUGUUCGAACUGCACAACGAUGCAUGUGAGACGCGUAUGGACGAACCGAACCCGGAACCAUCGGAUCACGAAGAACACGAACAAGAGAACAUCCCGGUGGUUAAUUCCUCAGAUGCACACCAAAAUAUGCCGGUUAAAGCUAUGGAUGCGGAUACCGAUGUUACACCAUCGACAUCGGGUGUGCGACGGAAAAGCGAACAAGUCACGAGCGAUGUGGAUGAUGCAAACUGUACCGGAAUCGUGCCAGCUAGGGAGGAACCCGAAUCGAACCCUAAUGGAACGAAGAAGAAAGUUCGACCGAAUCGGCUUUCCCCGGACGGGGUUGGAUGUUCGCGCAAGAAGCAAUUCUGGGUGGAGGGAAGUUCGGGGCAUCGUCCACUGGAACGUUCUUGGCCACCGAAAAGUGGUAAAACGCAUCGUUCUUCCUCCGGUCAAUCGCACCCAGUGCCGAGUGAUGGGUUUUCUUUCGAUAUCAUUGACAUGGAUGAGCAGGAGCAGCAAGCGUUAGAAACGGAGGGUGCUGUGGGAGGAUUGGUUGGAACGGUACCAGAUGCGGAAGGGAAUCCAGUAGGGGAUGCAUCGACUCCAUUGCGUAGAAUGCGCUUGGAUCGUAAUGGGAACGAUACGCCUGAUACGAUCCGUGCUCCCAGUGGGAAGAUUCCGCUACGGAAGGUGGCCAGAAAGGUGGGUGAGGAGUGUUUGGAUGGAGAACGUGAAGCUGGGAUGGUGGCGGCGGUGCGUCCUCAUCGACCACUGGCAAGAACACCCUCGAAUGGACGCGAACCGAGAAAUCGAGAGUAUGGUCCGGUUCGACCACUUCCGGUCGAUUAUACAACGGAUGUUGCGGCCCCGUCGGUACAUACGGCCCGAAGUCCAGCCAGUGGACCCGGUAGUCCCAGGGACCCAUCGCCCGAACCGACAAGACCCCAACCGAGGCCACUAACGCGUGUCGGUGGCAGAACGGGCUCGGAUCUUGUGUGUCCACCGACGCCAACACAUCAUGCUCGACGGAAUAGAAUGGUCGGAUCUACCGCGACCCCGGCAGUAACUGUUCCAGCCGCCCCAGUAGAUCAUGCGUACGGACCACCAGAGCUUCGUCGCAAUCGGCAACAGGCGACGGAACCAUCGGGUGGAGCAGUCUCGGCAGAAAGUGCUGGUGCUGCUGUUGGGCAGAUAACGGGUGGUGAACGGGAGGUGGUCAUGGAAGGUGCGGUUCGGCACGUUCCAAGCAUGCGAUUGCCUUCGAUCCCAGAACGAACCAGGGCUAUUCUGGCCGAACCGGAUGAACCACUGCCCCCGGCCUGGGAGGCUCGUAUGGAUAGCCAUGGGCGGAUCUUUUACAUCGACCAUGCAACGCGCACCACAUCAUGGCAACGACCAGGGCCGCUCGGUACCGCCACUGUUCUAGCUCACGGUCCGGAUCCGCACCGACAGCAGCUGGACCGACGCUACCAAUCGAUCCGUCGCACAAUCUACGAACAUAUGCGGCAGGAAAAUGGACCCUCUACAUCAUCCGGUAGCACUGCUACACGGUCCCGCUCGAGCUCGACCGGUGGCGGUAGCCGCCCCGCUGCCCCGUCCGCCAGUGGCCCAUUUCAUCCCGCCCUGCUCAUGAUAUGUCGGUCCGACUUUUACUCGAUGCUACACACGAACGGGGAAGCUAUACAGCUGUACAACCGGAAUGCCGCCCUGAAGCAUAUGGUGUCGCGUGUUAGGCGUGACCCGGGUUGCUUUGGGCGGUAUCAGCACAACCGUGAUCUGGUCGCACUAGUCAACUGUUUCGCACUGACCACGCAAGAUCUGCCGACCGGGUGGGAAACAAAGCUCGAUCAGAGCGGGAAGCAAUUCUUCAUCGAUCACGUUAACCGCCGCACCUCGUUCAUGGAUCCCCGUUUGCCGACGGAAGGCCCAAGGGCUCGCCAUCACAGGCCACCGGUCGGGGCCAGUUCCAUACUUCUGCCCAACGGUCCGUACGGUCCCGAUGAGCGGCCCAUCCCUCCACCCCGGCCACCCGGCACCAUCUCACGGAUGGUUAACGUUGGUUCACCCGAAAUUCCUGUCGCGUACAAUGACAAGGUGGUGGCAUUCCUGCGUCAGCCCAACAUAUUGGAGAUUUUGCGCGAACGGCACGGUGCGGCUGCUUGUUCGCGUAACUUGCGGGAAAAAAUUAACGCCAUUAGAGUCGAGGGCACCACGGCCCUUGAUCGGUACAGCCACGACUUGGAGCUUACAAUACUUCUUAGCCUGUUCGAGGACGAGGUGAUGAACUAUGUUCCGCCGCGUGCCCGCAGCCCACCGGAACAGGGCACGUCGGGCGGGUUCAAUCUGCACGCGGGCAAUGCAAUGAAGGCGGGCGGACGCCACGUACAGCGCGCCCCGAUGCGGCGCGACUUCGAGGCCAAGCUGCGCACCUUCUACCGGAAGCUCGAGUCAAAAGGCUACGGUCAGGGACCGCACAAGCUGAGACUGGAGGUACGCCGGGCCCAUCUCGUGGAGGACGCCUUCGAGCGGAUCAUGUCGGCGAGCCGGCGGGAUCUGCAGCGCUGCCGCCUCAACAUUGUCUGGGACACGGAGGACGGACUCGACUACGGUGGACCAUCGCGCGAGUUCUUCUAUCUGCUAUCGCGCCAGCUGUUCAGCCCGUACCGGAAUAUGUUCGAGUACUCCGCGAACGAUAUCUACACUGUGCAGAUCGCACCGGAGCGUCCCUCCGACCGGGAUGAUAUACUUGAAUGGUACCGUUUUGCUGGACGCGUGCUAGGACUUGCACUGGUACAUCAGUAUCUCCUGGAUGCGUUCUUUACACGCCCGUUCUACAAAGCACUGUUGCGUUUGCCCGUGUCAUUGAGCGACCUUGAAUCGCUGGAUAAUUCGUUCCACCAGUCGCUCCUAUGGAUCAGGGACAACAAUAUGGACAACUGCGGUGAGCUCGGACUGAACUUUACCGUCACCGAAGAACGGUCCGACGGUACGUCGAUCGACAUCGAGCUGAAGCCGAACGGACGGAACAUUACGGUGUCGGAGCGCAACAAGCGCGACUACCUCGAUCGCAUCAUCAAGUGGCGGCUGGAGCGGGGCGUACUCGAGCAAACCGAAUGGCUGGUGCGCGGGUUCAACGAGGUGGUCGACCACCGGCUGGUGUCGGUGUUCGAUGCGAGCGAGCUGGAGCUCGUCAUUUCCGGCACGGUCGAGAUCGAUGUGCACGACUGGCGGUCGAACACGGAGUACCGGGGCGGCUAUCACGAUACGCACCAUGUCAUCAUGUGGUUCUGGGUGGUGAUCGAUCGGAUGAGCAACGAGCAGCGGUUACGCUUGCUGCAGUUCGUCACCGGCACGUCCAGCAUCCCGCACGACGGAUUCGUCGGUUUGCGCGGAUCGAACGGGUUGCGCCGGUUCUGCAUCGAGAAGUGGGGCAAUGCGGACGCGCUGCCCCGUUCGCAUACGUGCUUUAACCGGCUGGAGCUACCACCAUACCCGACGCCGGACGUUUUGUACGAGAAGCUGAUACUGGCCGUCGAGGAAACGAACACGUUCGGCAUCGAGUAG